UGGAGAAACUUCUAAAAAUGAAGAAGAGCCCUGCGAAAUAUUCGCAAUGGCUUAUAAAGUUGAAGAAAUUGAAACAUCUAUUGCGACAUAUCAAGCAAUCAAUGUGCUCGUAAAUGUUGCACAGAAUGAUCAUCGUGCUUUCUGGAGGUUGUUGCAUGCUGAAAUAUUGCGUAUUAACGAAUUUAAAUUCACAUAUUCUGGAUUUUCGACAAAGGCCCUUGAAUUACGUUUUAAUCAAGAUACGAAUUUAUUAACUACAUCGACCAAAUUUG